CGCGGCGGCCAUUUUGUGGCGCUGCUCGGUCGGUGGCGCUGGGCUCGCGCGGGGAGCGGGGCCCGGGCGGCGAUUAGCUCCUUUCUAACCCUUUUUCCGUACAGAUUCCUCGUCAUAGGUUAAACAUUUGAAAUGUUUUCAACUAUAUAAGCAACAGGUCUUUUCUAGGUGUGCAUUUCAGGACAGCAUGGCUGUGGUUAUCCAUGUGCAUGGUUUUCUGAUUGUGGUGGGGGACCAUGGACAUUCACCACUUCUCUGGAUUGACCAUUCCUGAUGGGACUUGCAUGUUGUAGGGGGUGAAUUGGGGGAAUAAAAACAGCGGUGUUGAUAUUACAAAAUGACAAAACAUCCACCGAAUAGAAGAGGGAUCAACUUUGAGGUGGGAGCCCAGUUGGAAGCCCGUGACAGAUUAAAAAACUGGUAUCCAGCUCAUAUUGAAGAAAUUGACUAUGAAGAAGGAAAAGUGCUUAUCCAUUUCAAACGCUGGAACCACCGAUAUGAUGAAUGGUUUUGUUGGGACAGUCCUUAUCUGCGUCCCUUAGAGAAAAUACAGCUAAGGAAAGAGGGGUUACAUGAGGAAGACGGAUGUGGUGGAUUUCGUAUAAAUGAUCAGGUAUUGGCUUGCUGGUCUGAUUGUCGUUUUUAUCCAGCCAAAGUCACUUCGGUUAACAAGGAUGGUACUUACACUGUGAAAUUUUACGAUGGAGUAGUUCAGACUGUCAAAAAUAUUCACAUCAAAGCUUUUUCCAAAGAUCAGAAUAUUGUGGGUAAUGCUAGGCCUAAAGAAAGAGGUAAUGAAAUCCCUUCAUCUCCUGAAAAACGGGAGAAGUUUAAAGAACAGAGGAAAGCAACAGAGAAUGCUAAGAAGGACAAGGAUGAAAAGGCAUUAAAGACAGAAAAAAGAUCUAAACAACCUGAUAAAGAAGGAAAAAUAAUAGUCAUCUCAGAAAAAGGCAAGGUCUCUGAAAAAAAUAUACCUAAGAAUGGGAAAGAAGACAAAGAGAAUAUAUCAGAAAAUGAUAUGGAAUAUUCAGUAGAUACUCAAAUUGAGAAGAAAUCUGAAAACGACAAUGUGAAGAGUCUACCAGAAAACAUAAAGGAAACUAAAAGAAAACGUGGUAGACCACCUAUAACACCCCCAACAGAGCAAAGUUCUCAAACAUUGCAGCUAAUAACAUUGGAAUUAAGAAGGCGGAAAAUACCUAAAGGAGGGGAAGUUCCAUCAAAACGCAUCAGGGUUGAAAAAAACUUGCCUCAGGAAAAGUUGAAAAACUGUCCAGACAGCAAUGAAAGAGACCAAAUUAGGAGACGAUCAUCAAGGCUGUUAUCCAAUGGUAGUCCUGAGAUAAUAAAUACAGAUCUUGCUACAACAACUUUUGCUGAAAUUGGAACUUUGAAAGAUCCAGCAUCUAUUCCAAAGGAACCUGAGGAACUUCUGUUAGAAAUUCCCGUUGAGUCAGACCAAAACGCCUGUGAACAAGCACCUCAAUCUUCUGGAGAUGUAUCACAGACCACACCGCUUGAUGUGAACAGCAGUUUAAAGGAAGAAAAAGUUGAUGACCGUGAGCUCUCCUUUACAUCUACUGAAACCCAAGAGCCUUCUGUUACAGUAACAAAAACUUUUAAGAGAACACAUGAUUUUAUUGCUUCAAAAGCUGCAACUGUUGACCAAGAUCACAAGUUUAGAUGCAAGCUCUUGGACUGUUCAAAAUCAUUCCGCAAAGCCAAGUUGCUACAUUAUCAUAUGAAAUAUUUUCAUGGAGUGGAGAAGGCACCAGAACCGCAGCAGAGUCCAGUACAAAGAAAUAUUCAAACAAGAGGUUUUUUGGCUUCUGAAAAAGCCAAACAAAGAAGUUUAAACAGAAGGCGGACUACAUCUGGUUCAUUGUAUGCUCCUCUUCACGUAGCCCUAAGGACUACGCCACAUAGAGAUGAGAAAAUAGAAAAGAGAAGAACUUCCGCUCCUUCCUCAGUAAAUACAUUAAAGGCUCACCAACCUUCCCUUAGAGAGCAAAGCAAAGAGAACCAUAUAGACAGAUCACACAAGAAACAUCAAGAAAGGGAAAGAACUGAAAAUGCUGUUAAAGACAAAGAGAAGAAUAAAGAGAAGACAUCCAAAGACUGUGUAAGGUCAAAGUUGAAGAAGAAGAAAAAGAAAUUUAAGUCUGAAUACCCUGGCAGUGAAGAAAACAUUGACAUUUCCCAGGAGCUUUCCCCCCAAAAAUCAGUCAUCACCACAAGAUACAAUUCUUCAAAUAGAUCUUAUCCCCACCUAAGUACACCGUUACAUGUCUCUGAUUCUGGGCACCAUAGAGACAGUGUGAAAGUAAAUGAGGAAGAUACCUUGAGUGAGUCAUCUACAGAUAGUUUGCUUUGGAGUGAUGAUGACUGCAGUCAGGACAUUGAUGUAACAACUAACCCCGAUGAGGAAUUCGAUGAAGAAGAAAGUGACUUUGGGAUUGUUCGAUGCAUUUGUGAAGUGGAAGAAGAAAAUGACUUUAUGAUUCAGUGUGAAGAGUGUCUGUGCUGGCAGCAUGGAGUCUGUAUGGGUUUACUGGAAGAUAAUGUACCUGAGAAAUAUACCUGCUAUAUUUGCCAAGAUCCUCCAGGUCAGAGAUCCAGCUUAAAAUACUGGUAUGAGAAGGAGUGGUUAAGUAAUGGUCACAUGCAUGGUUUAGCAUUUCUGGAAGAAAAUUAUUCCCACCAGAAUGCCAAGAAGAUUGUAGCCACUCAUCAACUUCUUGGGGAUGUGCAGAAAGUGAUAGAAGUACUGCAUGGACUGCAGCUGAAGAUGAGCAUUUUACAAAAUAAAGAGCAUCCAGACUUAAAACUUUGGUGUCAUCCUUGGAAGCAUCUUACAGUGGAUGAAAAAAUCCAUACGAAACACAUCAUUCACAUUGAAGAAAGCUGCUGCAAAGAAGAGACCGUAAGUUAUAGAACUUUCAAUGGAACAGUUGAGAAACCUUCAACCAUUCCUUCUGUGGAGGAAUCCUAUAUUACCAGUGAACACUGUUACCAGAAACCUCGGGCCUACUACCCUGCUAUAGAGCAGAGACUGGUUGUGGAAACCAGAGGUUCAGCCAUGGACGAUGGAGUGAACAGAAUAAGGGAGAAUGGAGAUGAUGCCCUGUCAGAGAGAUUUGGAUGGAAUCUGGACAGAGAAUUAUACAAGUUGGAGAAUGAGUCAAAGCAUAAUUACUCUAAGGUAAGAGAAUGUGUAUCUAAGAAAAUCCCUUCAGAGGAAACUAUUGAAAUGAAACUGCUGGAAAAAGACAAGGAAGGAGUUGUGAACGCUCAGCUGCAGUGGCAACUUAACCUUCUAGCCCACGUUGAAUCUCUACAAGAUGAAGUUACACACAGGAUGGAUUUUAUUGAGAAAGAACUGGAUGUUUUAGAGAGUUGGUUGGAUUACACAGGAGAGCUGGAGCCACCAGAACCACUAGCUAGACUUCCACAACUCAAACAUUGUAUAAAACAACUUAUUACGGACCUAAGCAAGGUGCAACAAAUUGCUCUUUGCUGCUCAACAUGAGACUAGAGAGCUCUUGAAAUUGCUGUUGAAUAUGAACGCGGAGUGUUUGACACAAACAGCUCUAUAUAUUUAAAUGAAAUUAGCAUGCUGAUUGCAUGUGAUGCAGACUGACUUCAGGGAUUUUUGAAGAAAUAUGACUGUUCUGAAAGCAGUAACACGUUUAUCCUUAUCUUUUGAUCUUUUGGGGGUUUACUAGGCAAUUUUAACAAUAUGGAAGGGGAUUUUACUCUUGUAUUCAAGGGUAGGAGCAGGCUGACAAAUUAUACUCUUAGAUUUUCAUUCCUUACGACAAGUUGUUGAAUGAAAUAUACUUUUUGCAUAAUUAAACUGACUUAAAAUUGUGCCACUGAAGAUAAAACAGUUCUAAGAGCCAAAAAUGUUUAGUUGACGAAGGUUGUAAAUUAUGUUCUACAGAGUUUAUUUAAAUGAGUUGUAUACCAGGUCAGGUCAUGCUUUAUUCCUACUGGUUUAUGCACAGUACAGUAUUUAAUCAAUAGGUGACGUUAUAACAAUUUUCAAGCAUAGCAAAUAUGAAUGUCCAUCUUUAAUUGUUAACUCUUACAUGGAGGUUUGCAAGUAAUGCUGGUCUAAAACCCCACUCUUGUUAAUUUAAAUAGAGAUAGCAGAAGGGCACAGUUGGGUUUCACUUAGUUUCAUAGUAAAUGAUUGUUUCCCAUAUUUAUCAUGUCACUAUCACAUGACUCUACGGUACUGGGGAAAUCCAUUUACAUUGUGCUUCUUGUGCAUUCUUGAACUUUUAAAUUUGGCCAUACUGUGCCUCCUUGAACUAGUGCUACUGGUUCACCUUUGUGACAGUACACAGUGAUAUGUCUAAAAGAUGAGAGAUGUACCAGAAGUUCCAAACUUAAGGUGUGUAGUUUUCUAUCCAUUUGUUGUUUGCCAUUCCGGUUAUAUUUUGAAAUGUAGACUUUUUUUCAAUACUCUAAACAUGCUCAUUGUAAAGACUUAUUAUGAAUAUGUGGUUUUGGGAAUCAGCUUAUUUUAUGUUUGUUUAAAUAAAGCCUCAAAAGCUAUGCAUGAGGUACUGUCCUCACAGUGAGGUAUUAUGUUAAAUAGUAUAUGUUCUCAGUCUCUUUUUAUACUUUGUUUUAAUUUUCUGGUUUGUAUUAUUUUGUGAGAUCAAGAUGAAAAUGCUGCUUAAGUUGAAGAUACAUUAUAUAUAGUACCUUUUGAAACGUUGAUGUAUUGUAUUUGAUAUGUUACAAGCCUUUUACGUGCAGCUCAUAUCUCCAUAAAUAAUGGGUUGUGAUUUUUUUUUCUUCCCAAAUAUUGCUGAGUGUAACUUCACUGUGGAAAAGGGUAAAUUGUUUCUGCAUUGAGAGAGUGUCCUGAAAAAGCAGAAUUUUUCUGUUAUUUUGAUCUCUCUUACAGUUCUAUUUGUGAUGGUACCACCAAAGGGUUAAAAUUAAAGCACAGUUGUAAUUGAAAGUCCCAGAAGUGUACAAAUUGUUAAUUAUGGAUAUAUGAAUCUGUAAAGUUUAUAUGCUGCAAAGAAUAAUGAUUUACUAUGUAAACUUGAAAUAUCCACUAUCAUAGGAAUAACAAUAUCUACAAUUAAUAUUUUGAUCAGUUUAGUUCCUUCAGAAAAUGGAAUAACUAGGCUACUCAAGGUAGUAGUUAAGGCUUUUAUGCCAAGACUCAUUUCAGGGAAUAAUUUAUGUCACACCAUUUUAUGGCACUAGCUGAUAUAUAAUGAAUUUGACAUAUGUACAGCAGGAAAAUAAACUUAUUUUGCUGUAACACAGUUGGAAUAAAGCUUACAUUAUCUUAAAUGCCACUUUGCUUUCUAAAGGUAAAAACAAAUGCUUAAACCGUGUCAUUCCUCUUAAUGACAUCAGAGUUAUGAGUAACACGCUCUGUAGCUCUAUAACAGACAGCAGUAACCAAAUGACAAGAAGGCUAUCCAAACAGGGGUUUUAAACAGCUGUGAAGUUUUUAUCAGAUUACUGUUUUACCAGUAAAUUAUUCCCUGUUUGAAAUCUGUAUAAUGAGCACUCAGACUGGAAAAUAAUUAAAUACAACUACAUUAACAAAUCAACUUGUUUAAGGCAAUGGAGUGGUUAAUUCCCAAGUUUUUCUCUUCAGAAAUGGAAAUUUUCCCUUUGCAAGUAACUGGUUUUGGAGCGUUCAUUUCAAGUUUGCUUUGCCAGUUUAUUUUUGCUCAUGGCAAAGAAAAUUCCACUUGGUGAAUAGCAAUACUGAAGGUUUUGUUUUCCUUUAGCAGAAUGAUUAUACAAUAGGGAACCCCUUGCUGAUGAAGCAGAUCUGGAUGACUGAAAAUAUUUAUUUGAAAUAGGUUAGUGCUUUUCACAUUCAGGAAAAGUUCUGUAUCGUGCCCUGCCUGAAUUGUUUUGCCCCUAUUUUUAAGUUUCCACAUUUGUAGCUCUCCUUAUUCUUGACCAACACUAUUUUGGUCUGGCAAAUCACUUUUUGUUGUUUCUUUAAAUCACUGGUAAGUGAACGCAACAUGGAGCCUUGAUAAAAUGAGCAAACAUUGCACUGUGGAUACAUAAGUAUAUAUGUCUUUGUUUAUGCACUAUUAGAACUGAGGGCGUUGUAUAUAGAAUUUUGCUUUGGAGCAAUAUUUGCAAAACUUGAAAACGUCUGUAUCUUGGUGUUUGGAAUAAAUAAAUAGGUUUUUGUUGGUUAA